GCUCUGGAGUGAACUGUCUCUGUGAUUUAUUCCUUAUUUUCAUAUCAACACUGUCUCAUGUGAUGUAAGAGGAAUAGGUGCUGGACGAAAGGGAGAGGGAGGACACACACACACUUACACACACACGCGCUCAUGGACACACUCACUCAUUCAGUCCCUGCCUGUGCGGGUGGCCAGAGUUGUUGGCGGCUGCUGGAUCAGUGUCACCAUCAAUGUCACCGGUCCAUUCUCUGACCCGAACAACUUCUGCUCUGCAAGACGAAGAGAAACAAUUUGCUUCUUCCUGUGCUGUCUCUACUCAAGGGAGCUGUUAACCACUAAGCUGAGCUUGAGCAUUUCACCAGGACUGCAAUAAAUACCCCGCCAAGUCCAAAAGGCGUUGAAAAAGAAGAAGGGGGAGAGUGGGACGAGAGAGAAGAGAGGGAACAAGAUCAAUAUUUCAGAGUGGAGCCCCAGAAAUCCAGGCUUACUCUGCCUGUCUUCCCAUGCUGGAAUUACAGUCAGUCUCCCAGGCUAUUGCAGACGCUUUGAGAGGGAUCAUUCCAAUCCCCCAGGAGGAGGAGGGGUGUGAGGGUCUGCUGUGAAUGUGUGACCCCUCUGGGGCUGCAGCGCCGCGGCCCAGGGUUAACACUCCAGGGGAGGCGAAGGAGGAGGAGGAGGAGGAGAUGUUGUUGUUGUUUUGGAUCUCUCCGUACAGCUGUGUGAGAUAUGACUGAGUGUGGGACAGCACUCCCCAUGGCCCUCUCCUCUCUGCUCUAGCCCCAGUGCGAGCUUUAGAAGCAGGCAUGGCUAGCGGGCGGACGCCCCUGCUGCUGCUGGUGCUGCUGCUGGAGGUGUUGAAUGGAGUUUGUGUACCAGGGGACAACUCAGGGAGGAACAAGGGAAGCUGGAGGUGGAAAGGUGACAGGAGCCGAUCCCGUCUGCGCCAGGAGGACUCCCCACCCCGGAUUGUGGAGCACCCCUCUGACCUGAUCGUGUCCAAAGGGGAGCCCGCCACCCUGAACUGCAAGGCGGAGGGGCGUCCCACCCCGACAGUGGAGUGGUACAAGGAUGGAGAGCGGGUGGAAACAGAUAGGGACAAUCCCCGUUCCCAGCGCAUGCUGCUACCCAGCGGAUCCCUCUUCUUUCUACGCAUCGUCCACGGACGGCGGAGCAAGCCGGACGAGGGCUCUUAUGUCUGUGUUGCCCGCAACUACCUGGGAGAGGCGGUGAGCCACAACGCCUCGCUGGAAGUCGCCAUUCUGCGUGAUGACUUCAGACAAAACCCUGCAGAUGUGAUUGUGGCAGCAGGAGAGCCAGCAGUUUUGGAGUGCCAGCCCCCACGCGGGCAUCCUGAACCCAGCAUAUCAUGGAAAAAAGAUGGUACUAAUAUCGACGACAGGGAUGAGAGAAUCACUAUACGUGGAGGGAAGCUGAUGAUCACCAAUGCCCGAAAGAGUGACGCUGGGAAGUACGUGUGUGUCGGCACCAACAUGGUUGGCGAACGAGAAAGUGAAAUUGCUGAACUUACCGUUCUUGAGCGUCCCAGCUUUGUGCGUCGUCCGGGCAGCCAGGUGGUGCUGGUGGACCAGAGUGUGGAGUUUAGGUGUGAGGCCCGCGGUGACCCAGUUCCCACUGUGCGCUGGAGGAAAGAAGAUGGAGAGCUCCCCAAAGGAAGAUAUGAGAUUCGUGAGGACCACACCCUGAAGAUCCGGCGACUGACCUCGGCCGACGUGGGGUCGUACACCUGCGUGGCGGAGAACAUGGUGGGCAAGGCGGAGGCAUCGGCAACGCUCACCGUCCACGUCGUGUCUGUUCCCCCGGCCUUUGUGGUGCGACCGAGGAACCAGGUGGUGGGAGUUGGCCGAACCGUCACCUUCCAGUGUGAGGCCACCGGAAACCCCCAGCCUGCCAUCUUCUGGCAGCGGGAGGGCAGUCAGAACCUGCUGUUCUCCUACCAGCCUCCUCAGCCGUCCAGCCGCUUCUCUGUGUCCCAGACUGGGGACUUGACCAUCACUGAUGCCGAACGCUCAGACGUGGGAUACUACAGCUGCCAGGCUCUGAACAUCGCUGGUAGUGUCAUCACCAAGGCUCUGCUAGAGGUCACUGAUGUUGUGUCAGACCGCCCCCCGCCCGUUGUCCGUCAGGGCCCAACCAAUCAGACGGUGGCUGUGGAUGGCACCGUGGUCUUAAGCUGCCUGGCGUCGGGUAACCCCACCCCCACCAUCCUGUGGAGGAAGGACGGCGUGCUGGUGUCCACCCAUGACUCCAGGGUCAAACAGCUGGACACGGGGGCGCUGCAGAUACGCUAUGCAAAGCUUGGUGACACCGGCAUGUACACCUGCAUCGCCUCCACUCCCAGUGGUGAGGCCUCAUGGAAAGCUUACCUGGAGGUCCAAGAGUUUGGCGUCCCAGUCCAGCCAAUCAGACCUACUGACCCGAACCUGAUCCCCAGCGCUCCCUCCAAGCCAGAGGUCACCGACGUCACCCGGACCUCUGUCACCCUCUCCUGGAAGCCCAAUCUGAACGCUGGAGCCACACCCACCUCCUACAUCAUAGAGGCCUUCAGUCAUGCAUCAGGGAGCAGCUGGCAGACCCUGGCGGAGCAUGUGAAGACUGAGUCAUAUGUACUGAAGGGUCUGAAGCCCAGUGCAGUCUACCUCUUCCUAGUACGUGCAGCCAAUGCCUAUGGGCUGAGUGAUCCCAGUCCCAUCACGGAUGCUGUGAAAACACAAGAUAUCCCCCCCACCAGUCAGGGUGUGGAUCACCGUCAGAUCCAGAGGGAGCUGGGAGAAGUGCUCAUCCACCUGCACAACCCCACCAUCCUGUCCUCCUCCUCCGUCAGGGUACAGUGGACGGUGGAGCAGCAGUCCCAGUACAUCCAGGGCUACAAGGUGAUGUACCGGCCUUCGCCAGAGGGGACGCAGCGGAGCGAGUGGGCCGUGUUUGAGGUGCGCACGCCCGGGGAGGACAGCGCCGUCGUGCCACAGCUGCGAAAGGGAGUCACAUAUGAGUUCAAAGUCCGCCCCUUCUUCAACGAAUUCCAGGGAACAGACAGUGAUGUCAAAAUUGGGAAGACGCUGGAGGAAGCCCCGAGUGCCCCUCCUCGCGAGGUUACGGUGACAGAGAGCGGGGACAAUGGGACCGCCAUUGUGGUCUCCUGGCAACCCCCUCCAGAAGAUGAGCAGAAUGGGGUGGUCCAGGAGUACAAGAUCUGGUGCUUGGGGAACGAGAGCAGGUACCACAUCAACCGCACCGUGGACGGCUCCACCUUUUCCGUGCUCAUCCCCAGUCUGGCCCCGGGGAUCCGCUACAGUGUGGAGGUGGCCGCCAGCACCGGGGCGGGUCCAGGUGUGAAGAGCGACGUCACCUUCUUCCAGCUCGAUGCAUCCGGGCGCAUGACCGAGAGCAUAGCGGACCAGCAGAACCCCCUGUCCCAGCAGAUCUCUGACGUGGUCAAGCAGCCGGCCUUCAUAGCGGGUAUAGGAGCCGCGUGCUGGAUCAUCCUCAUGGUCUUCAGCAUCUGGCUGUACCGCCAUCGCAAGAAAAGGAGCGGCCUCUCCAGCAGCUAUGCGGGAAUACGCAAGGUGCCAUCGUUUACUUUCACACCUACAGUGGCAUAUCAGAGGGGAGGGGAAGCUGUAAGCAGCGCUGGAAGGCCUGGUUUACUGAACAUUGGGGAAUCUGCCACUCAGCCCUGGCUGGCAGACACAUGGCCCAACUCCUGCUCCAACCACAACGACUGCAGCAUUAACUGCUGCACGGCAGGCAAUGGCAACAGUGACAGCAACUUGGCGACAUACAGCCGGCCAGCCGACUGCAUCGCCAAUUAUAACAACCAGAUGGAAAACAAGCAGACCAACCUGAUGGUGCCAGAGUCGGGAGUCUAUGGAGACGUCGACUUGUCCAACAAGAUCAAUGAGAUGAAGACGUUCAACAGCCCCAACCUGAAAGAUGGCCGCUUUGUAGGGCCAGGAGGCCAGCCCACGCCUUAUGCCACCACCCAGCUCAUCCAGUCCUCCAUCAUGGGCAACAACAUGAACACAGACAGAGGAACGGGAGGGAGCGGCGGAGGAGUCGGGGGUGGAGGGGAAGUGAAUGAGAAACAUUGCUGGAAGCCCACCUCAGCCCAGCAGCAGAAACAGCAGGAAAUGGGCUCGCAGCUCCAGUACAACAUCAUGGAGCAAAACAAGCUGAACAAGGAUCGCUACAGAGGAGGUGACAGCCCCAUGCCAGCCACCAUCCCCUACAACCAGGCCCAUGAGAGCCACACCGGGGGCUCGUACAACAGCUCUGACCGCGGCAGCAGUAGCACCUCCGCAGGGAGUCAGGGUCAGAAGAAGGGAGUGCGCACCCCCAAACUACCCAAACAGAGCACAAUGAAUUGGGCUGACCUUCUGCCCCCUCCCCCUGCAAACCCACCCCCCUGUCGGAACACAGAAGAAUACUCUCUAUCGAUGGAUGAAAGCUACGACCCAGACAUGCAGUGCCCCAUGCCUCCCUCCCGCAUGUACCUGCAGCCUGAUGAGCUGGAGGAGGAAGAGGAGAUGGAGAGGGGGCCCACUCCCCCUGUCCGAGGGGCAGCCUCGUCCCCCGCUGCCGUUUCUUACAGUCACCAGUCCACAGCCACCCUCACCCCCUCACCACAGGAGGAGAUGCAGCCCAUGCUCCAGGACUCAGCCGACAGCCACGAACGCAGACGCCAUGCGGUGAGCCCUCCACCCCCUCCAAGGCCCCUCUCUCCUUCACACACGUAUGGCUACAUCACCAGCCCGUUGGCCCUGGACACCGACGGCAUGGAGGAGGAGGAGGAGGAGAUGUUGGAGGAAGAGGAGGAAGGUGACGACACAGACGCAGAGGUGGCCAAGAUGCACCACCACCACACCCACCCCCACUCGCACUCCCACCAUCCCCAGAUGCAUCCCCGGAGGUUACUGCUGCGAGGGCUCGAGCAGACACCGGCGUCCAGCGUGGGCGACCUGGAGAGCUCAGUUACCGGUUCCAUGAUCAACGGCUGGGGCUCGGCCUCAGAAGAGGAUAACGUCUCAUCGGGGAGGUCCAGCGCUGUCAGCUCAUCAGAUGGAUCCUUCUUCACGGAUGCUGACUUUGCCCAAGCUGUUGCCGCUGCUGCAGAGUAUUCAGGCCUCAAGAUGGCCAAGUAUCCCAACACACCGGGCCAAGACAUAGGAGGAGCUUCAGCCCGAAAAUACCAAAUGACACCAUCAAGCCACCGUCCCGGCAGCCCAGUGUCUACAGACAGCAACAUGAGUAUGGCAGCUGUACAGAGGAGGCCUCCUAAGAAACAAAAACAGCAUCCUGCAGGCCACCCAGGAACCCAGCGACGUGAACCCUACAAUGAAGAUCUCCCGCCUCCGCCCAUCCCGCCUCCAGCAGUGCUCAAGUCCCCCACGCACCCCUCCAAGGCAGCCCUGGAGGGCCGGGGAGUCAUUUCCCCCAAGGCGAGCGAGGGUCGAGACAAGAGAGGAGGUUCGGGGGGCUACCGGCCCCGAGAGGGCUCAGACCCCAGAACCAGCUCUUCUGAACGCAGAGACGCUCAGGAGAGACAGAAGACGGCUCACGGAGGGAAAGGGAAUAAACACGAGGGUAGCACCGCCAACAAGGCACGCCAACACCCAGGUUCAGAGGACAUUCUGCCCUACAGCCGGCCACAGUUCCCCACAGUCAACAGCCCCCGGGACCCGAGCUCCUCCAGCUCCAUGUCCUCCAGGGGCUCAGGGGGGCGGCGGAGAGGGGAGGGGGGUCCAGGGGGCCGCAGGAACCCUGCAGACAUGGGCCUCAACACCACAGGGGCCUUCCAGCCAGGAGAUGAAGACCUAGAGAUGGUGGAAAGCUGAAGAAUAGAGAAGGAGGAACUGUCCUGAAUUUCCCAAGAUUGGAGCGCCAUUGUUUCUCUUACAAUUUUAAAUAUCUCAGUAUUUCACCAUCAUGUUGGCUGACAUCAUACUGUACGUCAAUAGUGUUUCUUUACAUCUGGAAAACAGACCAAUUGUUUUUUCUAACUUAUCAUUUUCUAUGUCCAUUUGAAAAAAAAAACAAACAAAAAACAAAAAAGCGAAAGAAAGAGCGUCAGAGGAUAAAAGAAUGGUGCAUUCAAAGCAAAAUACACAGUAGUAUAUUUAUGUUUUAUUCCAAUGCAAUAUGGGGUGAAAUUGUGCUCCAGACAUUGACAUGACUCGGCUUGCCUUGACAAGAACUUUGGAGAGCCCGUACAGUCAGAUGUUACUGUAAUGAAAUAGCUGCAAGCAGAGAGGGGUGGACUGUCCUGUAAAUAUACGUGUAUACAUGAUGUCCUUUUGUUUCACCCAUUGUGGUACCUCAAAUUUGUCUUCUUUGUUAUUUUGCGAAUUCUAAUUUUAUUAUGCCAGUAAAUAUAAUUAUUUUAUCAUUUCCAUCCAUGUUGUAAAUUACUAUAUUAUUUAGCCGCCCCAAGAAAGUGCCACUUUGGGAAUGUUUUUUUUUUUUUUUUUUUUUUUUUUUUUGUAAUGCACUGUUAUGUUUCGUGUUGUCGUCAAUGUUUGUUAUUUGUUUUACUUUGGUUUUAAAAGCACAAUCACUAAACUUUAUUUUAAACCAUUCUAUCUAUUAACCUUUUUGUCUUACCGGAGGAAAACAGGUAUGACAAAAGAGUCUAGUUAAUCCUGAUGAUGAUGAUGAUGAUGACGAUGAUGAUGAUACUGAUGUAGGUAAAGGUGAUAGGCUGUUUACCAUGGCUGUGUUUGAAAGGAGACUCCUUGCAUUAUGAUUGUCUCCCUCUCCGGUUCUGAUGCGAGCUUAAGUGAUGGACAGGACAGCAAAUGUGAGUCAUAGCUGCAAUGUAAAUAUCUUUUCGCAUUGACCAUAAAUCCAGCUAUUGCACAUUAAUCCAAAUGGUUACGUUGUCUACUAAUGCACUUAAACGAAUGUGAGAAACAGGAAAAACGAGUCACUUUGGGAAUCUGGAGAGGUUUUGACUGGACAAGGAGAGUCUCUUUUCUUGGACAGAAAGGGGCGAAGGACCCCUGUCCUAAGGAGAAAGGGUGCUGUUGUUUAUUCAUAGGACAUCUGCAAACAUUUGUUUCGUAAAGCAAAAAAAGUAAAAAGAACUAAAAAAAAAAUGAUGAAUAAAAAAAGGUCAAA